UAUGAGCUACAAUCGGAGUCGCUGGCAUACAUACUCCACACUCCUUUUCCGAUCUCCCUGGACUUGAACGGAGAAACGUCUCGCAUCUUUCCGGCAUCGAAUCGGCCAUGGCUUUCCUCUUAGCUCGUAAAUCGAUGUCUGCGCUUCGUUCUCGGCAGCUUGUUUUGGCAGGACAAGCAUUACAAGGCUCUAACCAUUAUGGAACCAUGUAUGGUACACGAUCAUUUGCUACAAAGCAUUCAUUUUCAACUGACAAAGAUGAUGAAGAGAGAGAGCAGCUUGCAAAAGAACUGUCAAAAGAUUGGAAUUCUGUUUUUGAGAGGAGCAUUAAUACACUAUUUCUGACUGAAAUGGUUCGGGGUCUGAUGCUGACACUCAAGUACUUCUUUGACACAAAAGUCACUAUCAACUAUCCAUUUGAGAAGGGUCCUUUAAGCCCUCGUUUUCGUGGAGAACAUGCCCUCCGUCGUUACCCAACAGGAGAGGAACGUUGCAUUGCCUGCAAACUUUGUGAAGCUAUUUGUCCUGCUCAAGCUAUCACUAUUGAGGCUGAGGAGCGAGAAGAUGGAAGUCGACGAACUACUAGGUAUGAUAUUGACAUGACAAAAUGCAUCUACUGUGGAUUUUGCCAAGAGGCUUGCCCCGUCGAUGCCAUUGUUGAAGGGCCCAACUUUGAAUUUGCAACGGAGACUCAUGAGGAACUUCUUUAUGACAAAGAGAAGCUGCUCGAGAAUGGUGACCGUUGGGAAACUGAGAUUGCUGAGAAUCUGAGAUCCGAAAGUCUCUAUCGUUGAGUGAUCCUUCGCUGCAAGAACAUAAACUUGGAUUCACUUGCCUAAGGACCAUGAUAAAUAAAAGGAUUUGUUUAUCCUUGCUUUGUUCUUUUUUCCUUCCCUACUGCUGGAGAUAGCUAUGGUUUUGUCUUUUAGACAUUUGAGCCUAAAAUCAUAUACUUAAUGUUGGCAACACACAUCUUUUGUUCAUUGAUCUAGUUCCUCUUGUAUACCCAAUCAUUGGAAGGGUUUUAAGUAGGAAAUAAUAGCAAUGCAAAAGUUUCUGGAGUCUGGACCUGCAUAAUCAAAUCCCAUUGCUAUUUGGCUUUGGUCUCUCUUCUCUAA